UACUCGAUGGUAAAAGACAGGUCUCUCUGAUCUGUCAUUGUCGAAGAAAUUUAUAAUUAUUAAGUACUUUCGAAUUAUUUAAAUAUACUUACAAAGAAUUGAAUUAUACCUUUGUAAUUAUGGGUGGUCCCAUGGAAAGAAUUCAAGUUCUCGAUGAAAUAGAAAAAGAUAUAAUAACGUGUUUACAAUGUGCAGCUCAAGCACUGCUAGAACUAAGUAAAGAGAAGUCGGGGCAAAAGCAAGCUGAAACGAAUACAUCACAGUUUCUACGAACUCUCAAUCAGGUUGAAUCUAAACUGAGUGAUCAAAUAAACUAUCUUACACAAGUUUCUACUGGUCAGCCUCAUGAAGGAUCAGGAUAUGCAUCACAGAAGGUAUUACAGAUGGCCUGGCAUAGACUUGAGCAUGUGCGGUCAUGGGUAAAUGAACUGGACCGUCUGAAAGCAUCUCAUUUAGCUGCUGCAAAUAGAUCUACACAAGGGGGUGUUCAUAAUGGUAACAUGACUUCAUCUGGUACGAGUACAUGA